GUAUGAAUUUCAGGUUUUUAUUGUAGUAGGUAUGUGGAAGCUGGCCAUCUUCCUCCUAGGCAGCAGCUGUCUUCCCAAGAAGGCCAGUGUAUUUUAGUUUUACACAUCUCUUUUUUAUUUUUCUAAUUUGGUACUGAUUUUGAUCUUUUCUCUAAUAAUGAUGGCUGAUUAAGAAAUCACUCUCUAUAUCAGUAAACAGUCCUCAUCAUUUAGGACAUAUUUUUGAUGAUUUAUUUGCCAUUUGCUUUAUCUAACAUUCAUAAUAUUAUCUAAUAUUCAUGAUAUAUAAAUGUAGGGCUUCUAUAUAGGUUACAGUUCUUUGGCCUCUCAUGUUUUCCAGCCUUCUUUGGCUGUCUUUCACAUGCUCACCCUUGCAUGAACAUCACUGAAUAUUAAAGAGUAUAUUCAUCUGAUUUAGAGAACAUUUUAGAGUUGUUUCUAUAAUUUUCCUACUUUUUAAAAAAUUCUCUAGCUAUCUUCUUAAUACAUAAACUGCAUGGUGGCAAUGAUGGUGAUGGCAGCCUUUUUCUUAUAUUCUCCUAUGAGCACUGCAAUGUAAGAUGACCAAGUAGCUCAAGAAAUUAUGUUUCUGGUUGUCUCCGAUUACAAUAAAACUAGCUCUACCAAUUUCUUUACUUGCCUUUCCAAGGGGAACCUCUGUAUCAUCUUUUCCAUAUAGCUUCAACUUCCUUAUAUCUUCUGGUUUUAUUUAUAGGGAAAGCGUUAAUGUGAUAUGAUUGAGUUUGUCUAGUCAUAUGUUGACUCCAGAUUUGAAUCCUGCUUCAAACACUUAGUUGCUUUAUGAUCAUGAGCAAUUCACCUGAUCUCUCCAACCCUCUAUUUCCUCAUCUGUAAAACCUUGAUAAUAAUCCAUGUACUACCUAUCUCACAAGGGUGCUUGGUGCUUUACAAACAGCCUGAUGUAAUUUAGAUCCCAUGUUUACAGUCAACAGCUGAGCUUAGAGAAGGUCCACUUUCUGCCAGUUAUGGUUCUGAAGUUCUUAAGGAAGUCAGCAAGAGAAGUUUGGUGGGAUUGACUACUAGUGAUUGAGAUGCCUUAUUUUUAAAGGAGAUUGCUUUUGAAUCUUGUUUGUGAGCAGCCUAAGGCUGCACGCAGAGUGAACUGGCAGCAUCUGUUUGUGAGGGAAAUUGAGACAGUUUUGUUGAUAUACACAGUGUUGUACCUUAGCAACCAAAUCUGCAUAGUGUCCAAGAAUUGAACGUUCCGACUAUAAGCAACUGAUCACUACCCAUCUUUGAGUGCCCUGCUAGAGGUGGAGAAAGUGAAACAAAGAAAGAACCCCUUAGUUCCUGGUGAGGAGUUAUUGGCAAACUGGGGGUUGACCAGAAUGGUCACCUAUCUUUACAGCUACAGAAAACACAGUAUCUACAGCUGGGACAGAGCCGAGGCCAGUACUAUGGAGGGUCCCUGCCCAAUGUGAAUCAGAUUGGGAGCAGCUCCAUGGACAUGCCCUUCCAGCGCAGCGGAAUUCUUGGAGAGACCUUGGGAGCAGCUCCUGUCUCUUUGACUCCUUUUCAGUCAUCGGGCCUGGAUACCAGCCGGACAACUCGGCAUCAUGGUCUAGUGGACAGAGUUUAUCGGGACCGCAACCGCCUUGGGUCUCCUCACAGGCGCCCCUUGUCAGUGGAUAAACAUGGACGGCAGGUGGACAGCUGUCCAUAUGGGACCGUCUAUCUGUCACCUCCAUCAGAUACAAGCUGGAGAAGGACCAAUUCUGACUCUGCCUUACACCAGAGCACCAUGACACCCACUCAACAAGACUCCUUUGCAGGGGGCUCCCAAGACAUCCAGCAGAAAAGAGUCUUAUUAUUGACAGUUCCAGGAAUGGAGGAAACCACCUCUGAGACAGACAAAAACCUCUCUAAACAAGUGUGGGACUCAAAAAAGACAGGGUCAUCAAGGCCCAAGUCCUGUGAAGUCCCAGGAAUCAACAUCUUCCCAUCUGCUGACCAGGAAAACACUACAACCCUAAUUCCUGCUACCCAUAACACAGGGGGCUCCCUCCCUGACCUGACGAAUAUCCAUUUCCCUUCACCUCUCCCAACCCCUCUGGACCCGGAAGAGUCCACAUUUCCAGCCCUGAGUAGCUCCAACAGCACCGGCAACCUGGCAACCAACCUGACCCACCUGGGCAUCGGCACUGCCAAUCAGGGCAUGUCGGCAACUCAAGGUUCCUCACAGCAGCACCGUCAGUCAGCUGUCAGCCCCCUCUCCCUGAACGCGGAGUCAAGACGGCAGCAGACCCAGCAGAUGUCUCCUACGCUCUCCCCUCUGUCGCCAAUCACUCAGGCUGUGGCUAUGGAUGCCCUGUCCCUGGAGCAGCAGCUCCCAUACUCCUUUUUCACUCAAGCAAGUUCCCAGCAGCCUCCACCGCCACCCCAGCAGCAACAACAGCAGCAGCCCCAGCCGCAGCAACCCCAGUCCCAGGUGCCAAGCAGCCUCUCCCAGACCACCCCCUUAAUGCCGAGCUCUGGUUUACAGCGGGGGCCACCACUACCCCCUCUCUCAGUCACAGUACCAUCUACUAUCCCCCAGUCCCCUCCAGGAAACCAGGCCCAGCCGUCGAUGGGAAUAGACAUCGCCUCGGGUUCACUCCAGCAGUACCGCAGUAAUGCUGGCUCCCCAGCCAACCAGUCUCCCACCUCUCCUGUCUCCAAUCAAGGCUUCUCUCCUGGCAGCUCCCCUCAACACUCUUCUGUCCUGGGCAGCGUCUUUGGGGACUCCUUUUAUGAUCAGCAGAUGACAGCGAGGCAGGCUAAUGCCCUGUCCCAUCAGCUGGAACAGUUUAAUAUGAUUGAAAACGCUAUCAGCUCUAACAGCCUGUACAGCCCCUGCUCCACACUUAACUACUCACAGGCUGCCAUGAUGGGACUGACAGGGAGUCACAGCAGCCUUCAAGACUCACAACAGCUAAACUAUUCAAGCCACGGAAAUAUCCCCAACAUCAUCCUUACAGUGACAGGAGAGUCUCCUCCCAGUUUAUCAAAAGAACUGACCAGCACUUUGGCAGGAGUUGGCGACGUCAGUUUUGAUUCCGAUUCCCAGUUCCCCCUGGACGAACUCAAAAUUGACCCUUUAACCCUAGAUGGACUUCACAUGCUCAAUGAUCCUGACAUGGUCCUCACUGACCCUGCCACAGAGGACACUUUCCGAAUGGACCGGCUGUAGGGCGUGGACAUCCAUGAGCCUAGGAACGUGCCACCUUCCUGGUGUCCAGCCGAACUGAAUACAGCCCUCGGGUCAGUGGUGUCAGAUUCCACGGUUCCUGAGAGCAGUCGCUCUGCCCCAUUCAAUUGAGUAAAGCUUGUUGUUCUAAGCUUGCAGUGCUGCCACCCCCUCAUCCCUUCACCCCCAGCCUCACCCCCUGGUGCCAUCUUGGACCCUUUGGUUCAGUCUACUCGUUGCCAUUGAAUGAGUUUGGAUCCCGCAUCCGCCUUCCCGCCCAAGUCCCAGCGUGAGGUUGUGAAUUUGUUCUUGCACUAGGAGGGGGGUGUAUGUGGUCACCAACAUGAAGCAGCGUGACCACAGCCUGAGCAGUCUCUCUCUGUAAGAUACCAAAACCAUUGGCCGGCGUCCAUGUGCUCCUCAAGUUGCCAUUUCUGCUCUUGUCCCCUCCCUCCCUCCCUCCUUCCCUUUUUCCCUCCCUUCCUCUCCUGCCUCCAGGCUCUCAGUCUCCAGGCUGAUACUCUGGGGCUACUUUCAGACCCAGAGGUGGAGAGCAGCAGAGCUCUGGGGGUUCUGCCUCCCUGACUGCUUGGUUACAGCCGCUUCAUAAUGUAAUGGCGCUUCUAAAUGUGUGGGUAUGCCUUGUGCGUUUUCUGAUUUGUUUCCUCACUGGUUCAGCCCUCACUGCCUUUUCUCAAACCCUUGGUGAAACCAUGUUCUCUGGGACACAGGGAGCAACAGCCAAAGCAGGCACCCCACCCCCAAGAGUGCUUUGUUGGAUGGUCACUUCCUUCCCCAACCCCACUCCCAAGAGAAAGAGAGAGAGGAAGAGAGGGCAUAAAAAGGCAAAAAGAAACACUAUUUUGAGAGAUUUCUUUUUAUAUUUCUGAGCACACAAAAAGUACUAUAAUUCAUUACCUGGUGAAAAUGAAGGAGAGAACAGAAGAUUUAAAGCAGCUACAAUGGCUUCUGUGGCCAAUGUUAGACUCAGUCGUUUUCCUUUUCCUCAUUCCUCUUCCCUGCCCUCCAUCCCUACUGACACCCCCACUCUCACCCCCAUGCUAUCCCUGCCAAGACUUUCCAGUCUACCCUGUUUGUACAGUUCCUGGGCAGGAAUGGAGGGGGUCUCUUUCCUGUGAGGAGUCCAAGGAAAGGUGGGACAUUUUUGGACUUAUUUUUUAUUAUUGUUCAUUACCUGUUAUGUGUUCUCAGUUAACUUUACAUACUGUUAUUUAAGGAAUUUGUGAUUUUUUUUUCUGUUUUUGUUUUGUUUUGUAUUUAAGUAUUUGGAUAGUUGAGAUGUAACCAAACUCCAUGGAGCCAAUGAUGCUCUGUAUGAUGUCUGUACAGUGCAUCCACUUGUGUUUUUAUUCCCAGAAUGAUAUGCAGUAAUAAUUAUAUUUUUAAACCAACUGGAAUUUUAAGCAACUCUCAUCCAGAAACAAUCACAUCUAAGUCUGAAUCUAAAUAAAGAAUGCUACCUUUUCAGUGUCUCUGAAUAAGUGGUCAGGCCAGCUUAUAACUGCAGAAAAUGGCAAGUUAAUCAGGGCCCUGUCAGGCAGGGGGCUUUCUGACAGUCUCCUCAGAGGCCUGCCCCACUGGGCUUUAGUGAAGUCAUCAGUGAAGAUGGUCAACAGAAGUCCUAGAGUGGAAUCUGGCUGAAGGACCCUACAGAGAAUCCUAGACUCCCACAUGUGGUGGUGGGGGCUUAGAAAUCUCUGGCUUUCUGAGAAAUUCACCUUUCUUGUCCUGGACUGGACCUCUUGGGCAGGUAGUCUGCUGAAGCUUAUGGAGCCCUUCUCAGGAUCAUGUUUUUAAACACAGAAAAUAUAUGAGAUUAUAAAGGAAAUAAAUUUUAUUGAAAUAGAGUUAGCAAAAUAUUUUUAGAAAACAAAUUCACUGACACCAGGUUAAGAGCCUCUGAUCUAGUCUGACAUUCCCCACCCCCAAAUCUACAAAGAAGGAAACUGAGGCCUGGAAGGUCAGGGAUUUCCUUGAAGGUUCCACAAAAAAUCAUGACCACAGCUAGAAACCAGGACUUCUGUUUCUGGGUCAAUUGCUCUUCCCUCUGCACCAUGCAAAUUCCCAGCCUCCCAUAAGUUCCUGUGAAACCUCCAUGUAGACUUGGGGCUUGCCAGACCAGGCAGGUUAUGGAGGAUUAUGAAAAUUCUUGAGCCUUUGAGGUUUUGUUUUGUUUUUAACUGUUUACCAAGGAUCCCAAAGCCCUGUGUCAUGAAAAGUUUGAUGGUUUAGGUAGGUUUGUCUUCAUUCAACAGUCUUUGCCAUGACAGGACUUGACAGAUGAUGACUUCUUCCCCUAGUCCCUGAUCUCUUCAUAUGAAUUAUAUUAUUUUUAGCUAGUUGGUAGUAAAUACUCAUGAAGGGAAUGCACAGAAGGCAGCUCAUUCAGAUAUAAUAUACCACCUCCCCCAAAUAAAAAAGCCUUUUAACUUUUCUCAUGGAAGAGUUAGUUUUGUGUUUCCUCCCUACCUGUUCCCCACCCUUCCCCAUACUGCUGACCAAAAUGCCAUAGGGGCACUUACUGUCAAAUUCUACUCUUUUUCCUUCGAGGAGUACUCCUUGCUCCACCUCUUUUUAGAAUGAUCUGGGAGCGUCCAGGCAGAAUAGCCCUCUAAAGCAACACUUUGGGGAGACCAAGAAAGCCAUGAGUUAUAGCUAGAUUUCUGUGUGCUUCAAGAAACCCAGGGGAAGCUGGUCACAACCCUGAGACCAGAGCUCUUUUAACCAUACCUCUGUCCAUGCUGGGCACAACCUUCAUUCUCCAUGCUUCUGGGCUAUUUUUCUAACCAUUUGCACUUAAGAUGACAUGAAGGGUUGGGGGGGAGGGUGAUUCUUGUUUUAGAAUAUGAACUUCCAAAACAUGAAUUUCCCCCCUCCUUUCUCUCCUAAAGAACUGGGGUGACGGGUGGGGAGGGCCCUUUGUCUCCUCCAUUUAAGGCUCAAGAAAAUCUUGCCCCAUGCGGCCAUGCUCCAGGCAUCUGCUUGUUUUCCUCUGCUAAUGCUGUGUUUAUUUUUUCUUUUCUCCACUUCUACCUCCCUUAUCCCCCCUCCCCCCAAAAUGAUCAUUUCCAAUGGAAGAGGCAUACACCCAUAAGAGCUUGAGUUACUUUCAUAAAGACGAUCACAGUCCUUUCCUUCAGAACAGCCAAAGGUAUUGUGCAAAUUUUCUGUGCUUCCUGCAAGUUUCGUUGCUCUCUGAUAGUUCUGUUUGUUCAUUUACUCGGUGUCCCCGCCCAGUCGGGCUAGCCAAACCUCGUGCACGAAAAAUGCUUGUUUGUGAGACGUUAUUUUUUUAAACCACUGUCUCUUAAUGAAGCAUCCAGUUUGGAAGGCAUUUGUCUGUUCAAUUCACUAACCAGAUUGUGUUGUGGAUAGUUUUUUACAGGGACAUGAUGUUGCUAAACGCUACCUUGGAGAACAUGGUCUUUUUUUAAAAAACAAAAACAAAAAAACAAAAGACAAAACUACAUGUAUAUAAGAGAGUUUGUUUAUUAUUAGACUUGUAAGUAGAACUUUUAAAAAAAUGGCCUUAAUAAAAUAACCCAUCUGGAUGCAAUUCUCAGACAAGGCAUUGGGGACCAUCUAAUUUAGCCAAUAUCUAUCUGUCUCUCUGUCUUUCUCUCUGUCUUUCUCUCUCUGUGUUUGGUCCCUUUCUGGAGGUGCGUGAUGUGGAAGGGGAUGACAGGCAUAGACAGGAGUCUCUUGUCUCCAGUCCCAAAGAGAGAGAGAUAGCCUGCUACUUGUAUUAACCCUUUGAGAAGCUGAAUGGCACACUGGGCCCCAUCUUGGUAACACCCUGAAGAUAUGAGAUUGUGCUGCCAGAAUAUCCCAUAUCCUCCAUCACUGGGGCUAUGGGUGAGACCAAGAGGGUGAGACUUGAAUGGUUUGAUCAAAUGAGUUUUUUUCCUCUUUGUCAAUCACCACAUAAGCUUUUGUAUUUAAAAGUCUCUUUGGAAAAUUUAUGGUUUGGGAGCAGUUUGGGGGCCCUUCCUUGACUGGGCACUUGGAGUCCAGAUGAAUGGGAAGAGGGUCAUAAAAAGAAGUAGCACCAGGGACUGGGAUGGAGGGUUAGGGAAUAGGGUUCAAUUUUUAGCCACCAAAGAAAUGCCAGUGGGCCUCUGCUCACAGAACCUUGGCUACUAAUAAGAAGGGAAUUAUUUGAGUGGAGAAAUAUGUAACAAUUUGGCUUUGAUUUUGGUGCUGAGGACAUUUGAAUAGUGAGUCUCCCAGGGCAUUCAUUCUCUCAGUCUCAAAGGGUUAAUUCUCCCCCGGUUGCCCUACCAGUGGCUCUCUAGGAGGUUUUUCUAACAUUCUCCCCAAGAAAGAUUGUUGUUGUGUUUGCCAAUCUUUUUCGCAAAAAAGCAACCAGCCAAUGGAAACUGCAUUCUCAUCAUGUAGAAAAUACUGUGACUUCAAAGAAACCCUGUAGAUUUUGCUAUUUAUUGCCGUUUGGGAAUCUUGGGGGUGGGUGGGGGUGUUGUUUUGCAUCAUGUAUAUAGUACUGAUGUCUGCAUUCUCUGUAAAUCUGGAUCGACACCGGCUGACUUUUGUGCCGCCUGCAUGAGACCUGCAUGGGACUGGAGGCAGCAGCAGGACACAUGUGUCUCAGGGCUGCGCCCGCAUGUUAAUGAGCUCAUGACCAGUGUCCUGUACUGCUCAAAACCUUUUCCUGGACAGAGGGAACUCCUGUGACAAAAAGCUUUUUUGAAACUCCUCCUGUAGAGAGAAUGGGAACUGCUAUGGCUCCUGUACUCUUAAGCCAUAGAAUCUCAGAACAUUUGAGAUGGCAGGACCCUUAGGAUAUAGAUCAUCAGAGUUGGGAAGGCUCUUAGAGCACAGAAUGUCAGUGCUGGGAAGGUCCUUAGAACAUGGAAUGUCAGAGCUGGGAGGACUCUUAGAAUAGAGAAUGUCAGAGCCGGGAGGACCUUCAGAACCCCAAAUGUCAGAGCUGGGAGGAAUUUCAGGUUUAGAAUUAACAGGGAAGUACCUUAGUGAUCACCUAGUGACUAGAUUCUAGUCCAACCCCCUUAUCUUAUAAAGGAAGAAACUGAGGUCCAGAAGAAGGGGAUGAUUUACCCAAGGUUAAGCCUCUUAAAUAGUAGCAUCGUCAGAACUAGAACACAAGGACUGUUCUUCCCUAAGUCCACCCUCUUUGACAUAGUUUUUUUUUAAGUGUUUUUCUUUCUUAAAUGAAAUCAACAAAAUCAAUAACUCCCUCUCCCUUCCCCAGUCAAAAAUUAAGAGCACCUGAACCCAGGCUUCUUGGAUGAGGCUAAGGUGGUUAUCGAGGCACUGAGAAGCCUUCAUUUUUGUGAGGUCCCCAGGGCACAAGAUUUUUUUCUUCUCCUGAUAUUAGCUCCUAAGUUCCCUCCAGAAGGCUAGACCACAUGGUGCAUCUCUAACACAGCUCUCCUAGGAGCACAGGAUAACAAAAUGGCCACAGUAUUUGGAAGCCCUGUUGACCACUCUUCAUUGUCCCUGUACCAUUUGGGAUACAGUAGAAAUAAGCCUGAUGAAUGCUAUCCCCUCCUGCUCCUUACCCCCACUCCAGGUUUCUUAUAUUCAACCUAUCAAGCUGUUGAUUUCCAGAAUCUUUUGGCUUAUAUAUUUCCUACUCUGGAUUCCAUAUAUUAUGGGGAUCCUCCCCACCUGCAGGAGCACUCUUGGACCAUUGAAGUAUUCCCUUAAAAUACACCCUAUCCCAAACAAACAAUCUCUGGACUCUUUCUUGCUAGUUUUAUAUCAGGGUCUUGAGCUACUCUGAGGAGGGAAGAAGAAGGGUGGCAAAGCAUUCGUUCCCCAAGAAACAUUGAACUCUUUGCCUCAUCCUUGUUAGUGAAUCCACAAAUGCCGAAUCCCCAACGUUUCUGUUACCCCUUUCCUGUUGAAUGCUGCUCAUUAAGGACACAGAUGUUUGUUUUUUCUAGGGCCCCAUACUAUAGGGAACACGGAGGUGACUGACUAAGGUGUCUUUCCCUCUGGGAGCUAAGAAGCCAGUGGGAAGAUUGUUCUAUAGGCAGGACCAGCCCCUUCCUUCCUUUGGAUCUGCUUUUUGUACUCCACAGGAAUGAGAAAAGCAGCCAAGUCAGAGAGGUGGGAGGGACAAUGGGGUACUCAGCAUUUCAUCAAAUGCUUGACUGUUGUCUCAGUGGAAGGUUAGCUGGACAGGUCUCCCUCCCAUAUAAGGACAUGGCAGUGGUCAUCUACAGGGUCCUGUGGGCUCAAGGACAGUAGAGUAGGCAGUAACCCUGUGGGUAGUUACUACAUUAUUUUGAAUCACUCUCACUUUGUAAGUAAGGAAUUAGAGAGACAGAGUGCUUGUGACUUGCUCAUGGUCACACACACAGCUAAUAAAUGUUGGAGCUAGGGUUUGAAUCUAGGUCUCUUUACUCUAAAUCUAGGUCAUACAGGGUAGACCAUGACCUUUUUGACUGUAUCUAGUCCAUGUUGGUUUUGGGUAGGGCAGGGGUGAAACAAGGGCCUGACUUGGAGUUCUGUCAGAGAUAUCUCCAUUGGGGCCAUUUGCUUCCUCUGGUUGGAAUUAGACUUGUUGUGUUUGAUCUCAGAGACCAGAAUUGGACCAGUGAGGGGGAAAUCACAAGGAAAUGGGGAGAGCGUCCUAAGAAUUGAAGCUAUUACACAAUGGAAUUGACUAUCUCCAGAUUUAGUGAAUUCUCUGGACCUUAAAAACGUGCAGGCAGAAUUGGUAUGAGGAAGCACUUGUCCCAGACGUUAUACCUUUGAUCUUUGAGGACUCUUGCAGCUAGGGAAUUCUGUAGUCUCUAUGAGAGUUGGGUCGACUUCAUCCUGGAGGAGAUACCCAGAUAACCAGGGAGGGGAAGAAUUUUAGGGAAAUCAUCAGAAUCAGAAGGCCUAGCUCAUUUGGGUUGGGGCUGGACUGUGGAGUGUGAGGAGGUCCUUCAUUUCCUUUUCCCUGUCUCUUCUUUCCACAUGCUCUGUAGAGAUAAGAUGAUAGUAUGGAAAGGAAAUGAGGUUUAGAUAGGCCAGAUUCAUGCCAGGUUCAGCUCCCAACUGUGAACACAAGGAUGGUACCAGAGCUCUAUCUGUAAAACAAGGAUGUGGGCCUGGGUCAGGAAUUCUUAACCUUCUUUGUGUCUUAGGCUUUUUUUUUUAAUGCAUAAAAUAAAAAAUAAAUCAGAAGAUUACAAAGGAAACCAUUUAUAUUGAAAUACAAUCCCCAAAAUAUUUUAGAACAGAUUCGUGAACCCCAGGCAAAGAACCCCUGAACUACAUGCUCCCUAAGGCUCCUUCCAUCUUUAAAUCCUAUGGUCCUGUGGAAGAGAGAACUGGCUGUGGGGCAGUUUAGUGGCUUAGGGGAUUGAGAGGCAGGCCUAGAGACAGAAGGUCCUGGGUUCAAAUCUGGUAUCAGGCACUUCCUAGCUGUGUGACUGUACCAGUCACUUAAUCUUCAUUGCCUAACCCGUACCACUCUUCUGCCUUGGAACUAAUACUUAGUAUCAAUUCUUAAGACAGAAGGUUAAGAGAGAGAGGAGGGUUGGAGAGGGGACUGGCCAGCAAAAUGACUGAAUACCCUUUCCCAAGAAAGCUCCCUUGUCAGGUAGUAGAGAGCUGUGCCUCUGCCCUGCCCUGCCCUGCCAUGGUAGGGUAUGGAGAAUGCCACAUGUGCCACAGAAUACCCACGUGGCUAUGAGUGUGUCAUUCAAAGUCUCCAAGCCUCCGUUUUCUCACCUGUGAAGUGAGGCAAAUGGAGAUGACCAUCACAGAUUUAAACCGAAGAUCUUCCUGUGGUUUUUCUUCUUCCUUCUACCCUUGCUAAAGUUAGACCCUAAGGAGGUCCAUCUUGAUCUCCUCUAUAUCAAGGUCAGACAGCUACUCUCACCUGCAUUCAGGAUUUCUAUCUAUGGAAAAAGAAUCUUGGAAUCUGGAUAUCCCGGGCCCAGAUCAGAGAGGAGAAAGAGAAGUGCGUGGGAAAGAGAAAACUUUCCUUUGCCAAAGCAGCCAACACGGGGCUACUGAGGCCUGUUUGGUUUGAAUCCCAGCUCUGUUACUUCCUGACUUCAGUGAGUCAUGUCCUCUCUCUAAGCCUCAGUUUCCUCAUGUGUUAAAUGGGGGAGUUGGAUUAUAGAUAUCUGAAAGGCUCUUCUGCAUCUGCAUCUCAUUAAUAAAGUAUCCCCAAUAUAUUCUGGUGAAUUGCCCUUGGAAAAAAAGAGACACCCCAACACCACCACCACCUCGGAUGCUUUCGAGGCUUCUUGUGGCCUUCUUGAGGUUUGGCCAUUCUCCCUGGAGUCCAAGGAGACUAGUUCAGCCUAUUGACUGGCACUGCUCUCCUCUGUCCUCUGUCUCAACACUUCUUCCCGGGAGGCAGUUGAGUGAAAAAGUCUGAUGUAAACCAUGAUACGAGGUCCUGAGUGCACAGUAGAUACUGUCAAGCCAUUUUCGUGAGUUAGGAGGAGCUUCUUUGGCAUUGUUUUUUGCUGGUCUCGGAUAGUUUAGGCUUCUUUCUUCAACAGGGAAGACUACUGGCUGCCCCUUAGAGCUGCAAAGACACUGGCCACACCCUAUCUCCCAUCCUGAAAGUGAAGCUGAGUUGAGGGACCGGGGAUGGCUUUGCCCAUCUCUGAGGCCCCCUCCUCCAGGCUCUCUCAUGCCUUAGAUACUGUGACUAUUGCUGCAGGAAGCAGCUGGCAUUGUGGCUGCCAGCCCCUCUCCCCCUGCCCUCCCUUUGCCUUAUUUGCAGGGACUUUGCCCAGCCCUCCCUUUUGCUCCUCUGGCAAAGGGGGUACAAAUGAUGUUGUGUCUGGCUGGCUGUGGGUGGCUCAGGUGCUGCUGCCACCUCCCACCUCUCAGGAGCGCAUCUCCUCAUUGAAGGGGCAAGAAGGAGACCAGAGUCUGUAGGCAGCUGCUCCAGGCCAGGAGACUAGGUGUUGUUGAAGGCCUGCCCUUAGCAGCCAGUCUUAAAUGGGCUGGUUGUGAUCGCGCGCCGGGCCACAGCAUCCCGUAUCCCAGGGCUUCGGAGCUGGACGACACUUCAGAGGUGAUCUCAUCCUGUAGAGAGGAGUUGAGACCCGGGGAAAGAAGGCCACCUGCCCAAGCUCGUUCAGAUCCCAAGUCCCAGAGCCAGAGUUUGAUCUGUGCUCCCCUCGGCCCUUCCUACAUGAGGAUAAGUCGAGCUCCUUUUGUGCCCCAGGAGGCGAUGAAGCUUGCUUCCUUAGCAGGGCCUGGCUUAACAUGUGGGAACGGGCAUGUCCUCAGUCCUUGCACCUCAACCACAGAGAGCGGCAGCCCUUAUUCUCCUUCCCCAUCCCCACCCUCACCCCCGGCCACCCUUUGAGCUCGCCCAACGCUCGUAUCCCCCGUUGUGGGAGACGUCUCCCAUUGCCCUCCUGCUCUGCGAUCCCAGCACCCUGGCAUGAUCUGCUGUCAGCAUCUGCCCAUGAAGCUCUGCUGAGCAGAGCUGGGCUUCCUGCCUGAGGGAUCUCCCAGGACUGCCAUCCAUCUAGUGGCAGCUCCCAGAAUUUCAGUCCUAGCACCUAAGAGGAAAUGUUGGGCUGGCCUCCUCAACCCAAAUUAAUUUACAGAUCAGCUAGGCCAGCCUUCCCUGGCUUACAAGCAGAAAUGAAGAAAUAACUAAGCCCGGAUCACUCUGCAGGCCGGUGGUCAAGAGCAGGACCCUCCUGACUCACCUGGCCAGAGGCCCUUCCAGGGCCUUGGCUAUAGCCUCUGUGUCACAGGGCACCUGGGCGUGGGCUGGCCUGGCACAAGUGCCCAGGUUCUCAUGAGGAGAGGAGAGAUAGCCCAUGUGGAGAUGGAAACUCAAGGAAGGCAGCAUGGUGAGGUGGGAGGAACCUUGGGCUUAGAGUCAGGAGUCCUGAAUUCUGUUCUGACACUACUUAGAGCCUCAUUAGGUAACUCUGGGAAAGUCUCUUCCUCCUUGUGACCUCAGUUUCUUCAACUAUAAAAAUAGAGGGUUGUGUUUGCCAGUGUUUAACGUGUCUGACAUUCUAGAAUGCUAAGCCUCCUGAGAGGAAGCCCUAGAUUUUUAGGGGGAUGCCGUCUGCCCAUCUGCUAGCUUGCAUGGUCCCCAAGCCUCGUGGCACUCAUUCCACCUCCAGGGAUGGAAGUCCUUUCUGCCUGAUAUCUACCCUUUGCUCGGAGGAAUUCAUGGCCAGGCAGAGAAACAAAGUUCUGGUGAAUCCACAAAUUGGAGAAUCAGCCCCCAAAGGAUAGUUAGAUGUAUUUUUCUCCGCUCCCCUUCCUCCAUCUCCUCACCUCAGUUGGUCCUAAGUGCCCAGAGCUCAGAGGACCUAGGGACUAAGCCCCUUCCCUGCUCCCUUGCUAGAAAUUGGGGGCUGGUUCUCCCCAUUUUGCCAAGGGAACAACUGAGACCCACCCAGUCAGUGGCAGGAACUUAGACUGGGCAAAAGGGAGAAUACAUAGGUAGAAUCCCAGAGUCCUAAGCCACAAUACCUUGCCCCCAACCCUUUGUCAUACUGUUGUUAGGUAAGGGGCCAGCCUUUGCCCACAAAGGAAUUAAGGUGGUACACAGCUGGGCCCUUGGGCCCAAGGAGUUUUGGAAACAAAGAAAAUUGAGACUCAUAGGGCAGGAGCCCUGGAGGUCUCAUGAGGAGACCCCAGCUCAGUCCGGCAAAAGGAGUACAUGAGGGGGGCUUUCCUCUCUUUGUUCUUGGAGCCUAGAGGCUUCCCAAGGGCAGGGCUUCAUGCCCCAGUUCCCUGGAGCUGCUGGUCAGGCCUUAAAUACUCCUCCUCCUCAGCCCUUGUGGCCACAUCCAGAGAAACGGGGCUGGUUGGUCUAAUCACCCUAACCACUUCCAAACCCCUCACCCUAUUGGGAAGGGCUCCUUCAGGUGCUGACCUUGCCUCUCUCCAAUCCUAGGGCCAUCCUGGCUUGAGCAGGGAGGCCUCAUUUUCAUCCAGCCUGGCUGACUGGAGGGGCAGGGGAUGGGUCAGUGUCGGCGCAUGGCCCUGCCUUUGCUUCCUGGGGACGGGAGCAGGAGGGCGAACUCCGAAUGAGGCCAAGCUCCCCCCCAGGCUGGGUGAGUGGUUGAUGACCCAGCUUCUCUGUUGGAGUCCAUCCCCAGGAGUCCUGAGCCCCUGAUUGCCUCUAGCCAGCAAACAGGAAAAGGAGUCUGGGGGAGGAAUGAGUGGGAUUGAGAAAUGGUGACAAGCUGCCUCCUGGAGGGUUCAGCAUCUUGUCUGUGCCCCUGAGGACUUGUGUCUGGUCUCACUGAUAUAUGCAAACCCCUUCUGUCCACCGUCUGCACCCUCCGGCCCCCGGGCUCCAGAGGCUUCUGGGCUCUGCUUUCUUGGUAGGUCGAGGUGGGAGUUUGGAGGUGGCCCCCAUUUGUGUCUGCACCCAGGCCAGGCUGCAGGCGCCCGGCCCUGCCUGGCCAGCCCAUCUGGACUGUACCCGGGCUCCCUGGCCCCAGCCCACUUCAGCCCUUUUCUCUUUUUCCUGUGGACGCUUUUGUCUUUGUAUCUUUGCAUUCUUUGUAAAGGAAAUGUAAUAAAAUUCAAAUGUUUUCGUC